AUGACAUCGGUUAUUCCAGUUGACCCUGUGAGGGAAAAGAUUCUACAGGAGAAUCGUAAGAAACUUAUUGAACAUAAAGAGAUUUCUAGUCGUCUGAAAGGAAUGCGAGAACAAGCAAAAGAGCUUACAAAACAGUACGAUAAAUCUGAAAAUGACUUAAAAGCGCUCCAGAGUGUUGGUCAAAUUGUAGGUGAAGUUUUAAAGCAAUUGACUGAAGACAAGUUUAUUGUAAAAGCAACAAAUGGCCCACGGUAUGUAGUUGGAUGUCGACGUCAACUCGAUAAAGCAAAAUUAAAAGCUGGUACUCGUGUGGCAUUAGAUAUGACUACAUUGACCGUAAUGCGUUAUUUGCCUCGUGAAGUAGAUCCAUUGGUUUAUAAAAUGUCUCAUGAAGAUCCUGGUGAAGUUACAUACUCAGCUAUUGGUGGAUUAUCUGAACAGAUCCGUGAACUGCGAGAAGUUAUCGAAUUACCAUUGUUAAAUCCAGAAUUGUUUCAACGUGUUGGAAUAACUCCUCCUAAGGGAUGCUUACUUUAUGGACCUCCAGGUACAGGAAAAACAUUACUGGCUAGAGCUGUAGCUAGUCAACUAGAUGCCAAUUUCUUAAAAGUUGUGUCAAGUGCAAUUGUUGAUAAAUAUAUUGGUGAGAGUGCUCGUCUCAUUCGAGAGAUGUUCAAUUAUGCUAGAGAUCAUCAACCAUGUAUCAUAUUUAUGGAUGAAAUUGAUGCUAUUGGUGGUCGUCGGUUUUCUGAAGGAACAUCUGCUGAUCGUGAAAUUCAAAGAACCCUCAUGGAACUUUUGAAUCAAAUGGAUGGGUUUGAUUCAUUAGGUCAAGUUAAAAUGAUAAUGGCUACUAAUCGACCCGAUACAUUAGAUCCCGCUUUAUUAAGACCUGGACGUUUGGAUCGUAAAAUUGAAAUUCCAUUGCCUAAUGAACAAGCUCGUUUGGACAUUUUGAAAAUACAUGCGGCUCCUAUAACUAAACAAGGAGAGAUUGACUAUGAAGCUAUUGUAAAAUUAUCUGAUAAUUUUAAUGGUGCUGAUUUGCGUAAUGUGUGCACAGAGGCAGGUCUCUUUGCUAUACGUGCUGAAAAAGAUUAUGUAACUCAUGAAGAUUUCAUGAAAGCUGUAAGAAAAGUAUCAGAUAAUAAGAAUUUGGAAUCUAAAUUAGAUUAUAAACCAUUAUAA